AAGCUGCUCUGAUCACCAAACCAAGUCUUCUAUCAAAGGCAAACCACAUAUCAUCCAUCGUAUACAAAUUGUUUCUUUAAUUUGCUUCUUCACGAUCAUGAAGCCUUCAACAACACUACUGCUCCUCUCAGCACUCCAGCUCCUUGUCCUUGUGUUUCUCUCGCCGCCUGCCCCAACUAAUUCAUUCUUGCUUGUUGCAGCCGAUGCUGCCCCCGAGGCUGUGCGCGACAUCGACGGCGACAAGCUCCGGGCCGGCACCGAGUAUUACAUUCUUCCCGUGUUCCGAGGCAGAGGCGGCGGUGUCUCCCUCGGCCCGCGGAACGCCACCAUUUACAGUUGCCCUUUGGACGUUGUCCAGGAGUCGCAGGAGCUCGACAAGGGUUCCCCGGUGGCCUUCUCUCCGGUUAACCCAAAGAAAGGCGUCAUUCGCCUCUCUACCGAUCUAAACGUGAAGUUCCCAUCGGUGGCAACGGUGUGCAUUCAAUCCACCGUCUGGAAGCUGGACAGCUACGACGAAUCGAGCGGGCAGUACUUCAUCACGACGGCGGGCAAAGAAGGAAACCCGGGUGCGGAAACCGUAAGCAACUGGUUCAAGAUCGAAAAGUACGGCGAGGAGGAUUACAAGCUUGUUUUCUGUCCAACGGUGUGCGACUACUGCAAGGUGAUGUGCAGAGAUGUUGGGAUUUACAUCGACGAGUAUGGAACCAGACAUUUGGCACUCAGCGAUGAGCCUUUCAAAGUCAAGUUUCAGAAGGCCUAAAUAUUAUAUAACCUCUUCUUGCUGUUGCUGUUGCUGUUGCUGUUGCUGUUUGCUAGCUAGCUCCUUGUAUUUCUAAGCUAUAUAUAUAUAUGUAUUUCAUGUGCCUGCUUCAACCACCCUGCAUGCUAUCAUCGUCUCAUCUCAUGUAAUGUUUCCCAAUAAAUGAAGAAGGCAAUAAUAAUGGAUAAUUAAUGUAA